AUGUCAUCAAAUUUCAAUAAAAAACUUUUAUUUUCUAAUUUAUCAUAUAAAACAACUGAACAAACAUUAAUGAAUUAUUUUUCAACAUAUGGUUCUAUAGAAGAAUUAUAUUUAUAUAAAGAUGAUCAAGAUCAAUCAUUACGUAAAGGUUAUAUUAUUUAUAAAGAAAUAAAUUCUAUAAAUAAUUUCAUGUUAAAACGGCCACAUUUUAUUGAUAAUAGACAAAUUCAUAUACAUCGUGCAAUACCAAAUCAAUGUCGUAAUACAAAUAAUAUAUCAGAAUAUUUAGGAAUAAAUUUAUCAGUUAAUGAAAUAUUUAUUAGUCGUUUAUGUUCAGGUGAAAAACGUGAAAUGUUUUUAAAUUAUUUUCAAUCCUAUGGAAAUAUAAUUGAUUGUCGAGUCAUUAAUUCAUAUUCACAAAAUUCUAAACAAACAGGUUAUGGAUUUAUACGUUUUGCUGAUUAUGAUAGUGUUGAUCAAAUUAUUCUUUCAAGACCACAUAUAAUUAAUUCAAAAUUUUAUUAUAUACGAAAAUGUAUACCAAGAGAAUAUAAUUAUAUUAUAUCAUCGAUUAAACCAUUAAGUCAAAAUAAACCAAUAUGGCGUCAUUUUUCAUUUGGAUUAAUUAAUAUGAAAACAAAUGAAAUAAUUUAUCCAUCUGUACCAACAUUUCGUAAACAAGAAUCUCCAUCAAAUGGUUUUACAAUAAUUGAUCGACCUAUAGUAACUGUUUCAAUUGAUAAAACACCAACAAAUAAAAGAUCAACAAAUGAAUAUGAAUUAAUUGUAUCAAAAUCAUUAUCAUCAAGUAGUAUAUCAAUUGUUAAUUCAACAAUAGAUGAUUUUACACCAUUAGCAUCACCACUUUAUUCAACAGCUAUUGCAUAUUCACCAACAACAAUUGAUAAUGAAGAUAAAAAAAUUUAUGAUCUUAUUUAA